AGGCCAGUUCCCCAGCUCCAGCCACCGCCACCGCAGCACGGAUCCCGCCUGGGAAGCAGGGAAGGGAAGAGGGAGGGAGAAGACCAGGCGAGACCCGAGAGCUUGGGCGCCCCCGGCCCACUCCGCCUGCCACCAUGAACCCCAAUUGCGCCCGGUGCGGCAAGAUCGUGUACCCCACGGAGAAGGUGAACUGUUUGGACAAGUACUGGCACAAAGCGUGCUUCCACUGUGAGACCUGCAAGAUGACACUGAAUAUGAAGAACUACAAAGGCUAUGAGAAGAAACCCUACUGCAAUGCACACUACCCCAAGCAGUCAUUCACGAUGGUGGCCGACACCCCCGAGAACCUGCGUCUUAAGCAGCAGAGUGAGCUCCAGAGCCAGGUGCGUUACAAGGAAGAAUUUGAAAAGAACAAGGGGAAGGGCUUCAGUGUGGUGGCAGACACGCCGGAGCUUCAGAGGAUUAAGAAGACGCAGGACCAAAUCAGUAACAUAAAGUAUCAUGAAGAGUUCGAGAAGAGCCGGAUGGGUCCUAGCGGGGGCGAGUGCUCUGACCUAGAACGCCGAAAUUCCCAAGACGGCAGCAACUUCCGUCGACCCCAGGAGCAGCAGCAGCUGCCCCAUCACAUCCCAGCCAGCGCCCCUGUUUACCAGCAGCCUCAGCAACACCAGCAGCAGCAGCAGCCAUCACAGUCCUAUGGCUACAAGGAGCCAGCUGCCCAGGUCUCAAUACAGCGCAAUGCCCCAGGAGCAGGCGGGAAGCGGUACCGUGCUGUGUAUGACUACAGUGCAGCCGACGAGGACGAGGUGUCGUUCCAGGAUGGGGACACCAUCGUGAACGUGCAGCAGAUCGACGAUGGCUGGAUGUACGGCACUGUGGAGCGCACUGGCGAAACGGGCAUGCUUCCUGCCAACUACGUGGAGAUCAUCUGAGCCCUGUGCUGUGCUGCCCCAGCUCCCAUCUUGCCCGCCCGCCCGCCUCAUCUUCGAUGCAUUCCUCCGUUGCGCUCCUGUGAGACGUGAACCUCUCUCCCCGUCAGUAGUUUCUGUUUUUUAGAAUCUGAGACAGGUUGUCCCCCCCCCACCUCCCCUCAGUUUCUUUGGCCAAUUUAAGCUCUGUUUCCUUUCGCUGAGCCCUCCCACCUUUUUCUGUAGGCCUGCUCUCACACAGGGAUUUCUCCUUCUCUCCUCUCCUUUGUUGUCCCUCUGGGUUUAGCGAAUGGGAAAUCUCAUCCAGGAGGGGAGCAUAGGGUCGUGUGGGGGUGGAUGGAGAGACGGACAGGUCAGUGACUGAGAUUCCAUGAUCCCUCUUGGGAACAGGUGCUCCUGAUUUCUCUCCCUUCUUCCUCUUCCUUCUCUCUACUGGACCUGUCCUCUGCCCCCUUUUCCCCAAACAAAAUAAACAUUCCAGGGUUCCUGAAGUUCCUUGGCCCUUCUCAGCUUCCUCUAGGGCUGGGACAGGGAAAGAAGGAAUAACAGGGUCUUAGGGACCAGUAAGAGGUUCCUCACUGUUUCUCACAAGGCGAUGCUUGGGUUUGUACCAGGCUUUCUUCUUGAGGCCUCUCCACCUGGGGGAUUCCCCUCUUGGUCUCAUUCAUCUCCGCAUUAGUUUCCAUAUUUGGAUAGAUCUAAAAAAGCAAAGAGUGAGAGUGGGAGGUGGGGGGGAGGAAAUCCCCAACCAUUCCUUCAGUUUCUGGUUUAUCUGUUCUUUCUCCCCAUCCCAGCCCCGUUUUCUCCCUGUUCACACUGUGAUUUAAUCAAGGCAUCCAGAUUCAAACAGUGUAGCUUAAGGAAUGGACCUGACCACAAUCCCUGUUUAAACAUUUCUGUCUUUUAAUUAAUUCCUCACAAGAAGCUGCAGACCUCAGAGAAGUCUGCCUCUCACCUUCAGUGCCCCAGAGCUAGGGCAAGGCAGGGGAUCAAGGUUGCAUUCUCUCGGACAUCUGCUUCCAAGGGGGCUGGAGCUCCUCUCUGCCCAGCACCUAGUGUCUGUGGGCAUUGGAGGGGUAAAAAAGAGGGAGCACCUUAGAUGGCCGGUGCAGGCCCAGCUUCCUCCAAGGGCUUUCUGUGGACCUGAUUAGUGCCUACUUCAUGACCGUUCCCAUCAUCGCUUCUUUGCUGUCUUCUAAGUCCACCAUAGAAGAGAACAUGGUAGUUUGGGGUUCUGUGGCCCCACAUUUCUUUCCUGCCCUGCCCCAGACCACCUGCUCACUAAGCCCUGAGCUUGGCUAACUUGGCGGGAACCUCUGUGUUUUAUGGCUCUUCAUACAGGAAGAAAAGGGCAUCUGUGGGUCAGUGAGUCUUUCUGUGUGUGGGUGACUACGUACCUGUCUGCCUUCUCCCAACAUCUGUCCAGUAUGGAGGCUGUUGGAGGACAGGAAAAACUAAUCUGAGAGUAAUGGCUAUCCUAGACCCUUUGGAUCCUUCCCCUUUACCCUUACCCAGAUCAAGUAAGCAUGCCUAUACCUCUGUCCCCCUAUUUUGCCUGCUGGGUAAAAAAGUGUACGUAAUGGUGGGGAUACCGGGAAAGUCCCUUUCCUUUUGUGUAUGACUUUACAAAUCAAAAAAAGUGCCAUCUGAUUGGCUUUGUAGAACUGGUCCUAUCCCCACCCCCCAUCCUUGGAAUGGGAGCAAAGGAGGGGAAAUGGGAAUGAGUUCUUUUUCCUGAACAGAUUCACUGUAUAGCUAAGUGCUCAUGCCCUUCUCUGACCCUCACUGGCUGUUCAGGAGCUCUGGGUAGGGGUGUGGAGGACUUGGUACUUCACCAGCCUCCCCCCUCCCUCACUACCUCCCAGCAAUGAGCACCACAGCCUCUCCUGGUCUAACUUCCCUGGUCCAUUCUCUUACCCCAAACACCCACCAACACAGACCUCCACUUGGGGGUAGGUCCUAGGACAAACCUAAUAACUGGAAACUGCUGCCCCAGAGCUGGAGCUCCAGAUGCUAGGGGAGGAAUGGGAAGAUGGUGCUAUAUCGAACUUCCCUUCUUCCCAUCACCAGCAGCUGUGAAAAUCCUCAUGGGCUCUGGAGGGUCAAGCCUCUGCCAUCUCUUUGGGCUUCGGGUGCAGCUUCUAUCAGUUCUUUUCUCAUUGGUCCCAAACUUGUUCACAAGCCUCUUCACCUUCCAAGUGACAGUGAUAUUUUUGUACAUGGGAUGAGAGUGGAAGCUGUCUUGGAGAGAGUUUUAAUCAAAGAAAAGAGCUCAUUUGACAAGCACCAAGUCAUCAGGGAUUUUUUUUUAGAAUGUGGUUGUGUGUUGGCACUAGAAUGUUUUCCAAACAUUGGUGGGGAGCAGCAUUUCCUGCCUCAGCCCUUUUCCCGACUUCAUCCUAGCUUCACAGAGAAGGAGAUAUGAUGGGAUAGGAGGCAUGCUUCAGGUUGGCAAGCUGAGGGACUUGGGAUGCAAGAGGAAGAGGAGAUGUCAGUGCCUGGAGAGGCAGUCCAAGAAGCUAGAGGUGGGGAGUUGGCCUAUUUCAUGAAAAUCUCAAAGCACAGUGUUGACUCUGGGACCAAAGACUGUUUGAAGGUUUGGGGUUGGUUGGUGGGAAGAAACAGUACAGAUAGAAGGGAAGGCUUGAGGGAUAGGAUGAAAUAACCUAUUUUCACACAUCUCAGUUUACCUCGUAAAGAGCCAAUUUGAGCCUAUAGACCCCUCCAACUUCUUUUUCAUAGUCUUCUCUUUUCCCCAAUCUUGGGAUACAGGGUUGUAGUGGAUUUCUCACCAUCAGUUACUCCUCAAGAAGUACAGUGGGGAGUAGGGUACAGGGAUGGGGUGGGGAGGGAAGGAGGGAGGGAAAGGGGAGAAUGUUGGACCGGGAGGAUUUUUCAUUAAAGGUCUGUCAUACCUGAGCCUGGCUUUAACGAAGUGUUUCUGGCCUAGGUUCUCCCUCAGUUAAGCACUGUUCCAGUAGGGGAGGCAGCCUGGGGUCUCCUUUUCUUAAAGUCCUCAGUUCUUAAAGCCAAUUCUGAUCCAGGAAAAACAAAACCAAACCACAACAUAACUGUAAUGUGAAUUUUACUCAAAUGGGACCAAAACCAGAAAUAUUGGCAAGAAAGGAAGAUGAUUAAGAAUUGUGAAUUCUUUGUGACACUGGUUUACUUGUUCUUAUCUCAUUCCCUCUUUUCCUUUUCUCCCUCAUCCCUUCCCCUUCCUUCUGUGGGGAAUUCCUGGGGGGCAGGGAAGAGAAUUUCCUCUCUGCUUGAUUUCUGCCUUUUCUCUCACAUACGCACUUUUGGGCCUUUGUUUAUAGCUAAGAAAAAAAAAAAAAACACCUAAAACUGUAUUUAAAAAGAAAACGUAAAUGACCCUGUUAGAUUUGCCUCUGUGUAAACACUUUUUCCAUAUGUGUGUGGCGUGUUCAUUUGAAGCUUCGAGUUGUGUUUUUAGUGCUGGGCUUUGGAAAUUAAUCUUUUUUAUUUGGGAUUGUCUUUUUUUCUACCCCCCCCCCUUUUUUUUUUAUUUUUGGAGGGGUGGUGGUGGUCUGUUUUGGUUCCCUCCUUGUGGGCAUGUGCCCAGGAUCAAAUUUUUCUUGCCUUUUUAAUUCAGAACAGUUGAUAGACCCACACGGGAAUCCUCUUGGCAACUCAAAUCAAAAUAAAAAUAUAAUUUUUACCUGCUGA